AUGAAUCGCACUAUCAUGGAGAAGGCAAGGAGCAUGCUGUACUACAAGGGUAUCGACAUGCAGUGGUGGGCAGAGGCGGUCAGUACGGCUGUGUACUUGAUCAACAGAUCCACAAACUCUGCAAAUUCGGACGUAACACCGUUCGAGGUUGGUUUCAAGAUGAAGCCGAGUAUUGAGCAUUUGCGUGUGUUUGGAUCGCAAGGGUAUGCUCACAUUGACGACGCCAAGAGGACGAAGCUCGAAACAAAGAGUUACCGGUGUAUGUUCCUCGGAUAUGGGGAGAACACCAAGGGAUACAGGGUGUUCAAUCUGGAAAGGUCGAAGGUUAUCAUAUCGCGCUCCGUAAAGCUGGACGAGCGGGAAGUUGAAGGCAUAUACGACACGGUGGUGCCAGAUAAAGUACCAGUCGUCAAGUAUAUUAGGGACACUGAUGAAGCAGUGAUUCCGGUGGUUCGUCCGUAUGAUGGAGACGAGACGAUGAAAGAUGUCGAAGAAAGCGCUCCUGAUGUCGAGAUGGACGAGAUAGAAUCGGCUCCAUUCGAAACAGGUAUCAUCAUACCUCAAGUACUCAAGAACCAAGAGGCGAUGAGAUAA